CUCAUGCUUUCCUUUCCUUCACAUCUCAUGCUUUCCUUUCCUUCACAACUAAACUCACUAAUCAAAUAACCGAAUUAAAAAGUCAACAGUUACCUCUCAUUCACGAUUAGUAAUUGACAUUUUUUAUUUAAUUUAUUCCAUAACAAAUCUGAGUCCGAUUCAUGAUCCAUUAUGGAGAAGAUUCAAAUCCCAUGAUUCGAUCCAUCUCGAUAUGACCCAAAUCGUGCGAUUCGCAUGGUUUCAUCUACUCAUUUCGCCAUGAAAUUCAAAACUUGUUGACCCCCAGACGGAGAGAACCAGAGGAGAGACAUGUCUUCUUCUUCUUCUUCUUCUUCUUCUCUCUCUUCUCUUCUCUUCUCGACCCAUUUCAUCUUCACCUUCCUCACCAUCUCUUCUCUAUUCACAUCACAUACACAUGGCCUGAAAUCACUGUUUCAUCCAAAGGACUUACUACCUCUGUUGCCGAGACCAGUCUCAUGGCCUAUUCUCAAGUCUCUAAACAGUGCAGUCGACAUUUUGCCCACUUUCGUGGGUGCUGCUGUUUCGCCCCCAAACGACGCCUUGGAGUGGAAGGGCACUUGCUUUUACAAGAACCGCGCUUGGAUGGAGUUUCACAACAAAAGCGGCUCUGAAUUUGGUGGUGGCACUCUUCACAUCAAGGUUAGCAAUGCUCAUAGUUGGACAUGUAUGGAUCUUUAUCUCUUUGCAACUCCAUACCGUGUGACAUGGGACUACUAUUUUUUAGCUCGUGAACAUACCCUUGAGUUCAAGGAAUGGGAAGGGAAAGCUGAGUUUGAAUAUGUGAAACAUAAGGGUGUUUCAAUUUUUCUCAUGGAAGCGGGAAUGCUUGGGACCCUUGAAGCGCUGUGGGAUGUCUUUCCCUUAUUCACAAAUACAGGAUGGGGUGAGAGCUCAAACAUUGGGUUUCUCAAGAGUCAUAUGGGGGCUACCUUUGUACAACGUCCUCAGCCAUGGGUUACAAACAUUAGUGUUGAUGAUAUUCACUCUGGAGAUUUCCUCGCAGUAUCCAAAAUCCGGGGCCGAUGGGGCGGUUUUGAGACUCUGGAGAAGUGGGUCACGGGAGCUUAUGCUGGUCAUAGCGCAGUUUGCUUAAAGGAUCCUGAAGGAAAGCUAUGGGUUGCAGAAUCUGGACAUGAAGAUGAGGAGGGAUAUGUUAUAAUUGAUGUUUUGCCAUGGGAUGAGUGGUGGAACUUUGAGCUCACUAAAGAUGAGUCCAAUCCACAUAUUGCACUUCUUCCUUUGCAUCCUGAUGUCCGGGCCAAGUUUAAUGAGACUGCUGCUUGGGAGUAUGCUUUAAGCAUGGUGGGCAAGCCUUAUGGUUAUCAUAACCUGAUAUUUAGCUGGAUUGACACUAUUGAUGGGAACUAUCCGCCUCCCUUGGAUGCUCAUGUGGUUGCUUCUGUUAUGACCGUUUGGAAUAAUGUACAGCCUGAUUAUGCUGCUAACAUGUGGAAUGAAGCCUUGAACAAGCGACUUGAAACUAAGGGCCUUGAUCUUCCUGAAAUUAUUGUAGAAGCUGAAAGGCGUGGGUCAUCUUUUGAUGAAUUGUUGACAAUUCCCGAGCAAGACGAUUGGAUAUACACUGAUGGAAAGUCUACAUCAUGUGUCGUUUUCAUUCUUGAAAUGUACAAGGAAGCAGGGUUGUUUGAUCCAAUUGCAAACUCCAUUCAAGUUACAGAGUUUACGAUAAAAGAUGCUUACACACUCAAGUUCUUUGAAAACAAUUCAAGCCGCCUGCCAAAGUGGUGCAAUGAUGCGGACACUGUGAAGCUUCCUUUCUGCCAAAUUCGAGGGAAGUAUAGAAUGGAAUUACCUGGAUACAAUACAAUGGAUCCGUACCCACAUAUGAAUGAAAGGUGCCCAUCUCUUCCCCCAAAAUACUCUAGGCCUAAGGGUUGUUAAAAGUCUUUUGAUUUGUUUAUUUUGUUUCGGAGUUUUUAUACCACUGCUUUGUAUAAUACUAGGUUACUAGGUUGUAUUUUUUUUUUUUUUUUCUGUAUACAACUUUUCUGAAGCAAAGACUUGAAAGAUUUCGAAAGUUUAGUUGAUAUAGGUUUGAAGUUGUUUGUAAAUUUGCUAUCACAAUACAACGAGAGUAAUAAUAAUUUCAUUGUUACUGCACA